GCUUCGGCGUCGGCGUCGCUCCCGCGCUGGAGCGGUAGGCCGGCUUCUCUCCGCGUCCGCGGGCCGCGGUGCCGUGUCGGUGGCCAGGGGCGCGCGAAGAACCGCCAGCCGCGCGGCGUCGGCUAGACGCCAAAGCGUCGGGGUCGUUGUGUCGUGGGAACGACGCCGGCGGCCGCCUCCGCGACACAGGGUGCGGCCGCUUCAGCCCGGGCGGGCUCGGCGGCUGCCCGGCGAGUCUCGGCUCGCGCCUCUCCCUUUCCUUCCUGGACCCGACGCCCAGCAGCGACCCUGAACCGACCGCCGGAGGGGCGGGCAAUGGCGGCCUCGACGGCUUCGCACCGGCCCAUUAAGGGGAUCCUGAAGAACAAGACCUCUACGACUUCCUCUGUGGUAGCCUCGGCCGAGCAGCAGCCCAGCAAGAGUGUCGAAGAAGAACUGAGUAAAAAAUCCCAGAAGUGGGAUGAAAUGAACAUCCUGGCGACAUAUCAUCCAGCAGACAAAGACUAUGGUUUAAUGAAAAUAGAUGAACCAAGCACUCCAUACCACCGUAUGAUAGGUGAUGAUGAAGAUGCAUUGAGUGAUUCAGAAACUACUGAAGCCCUGACCCCAGAUACAUUAGCUAAGAAAUUAGCUGCUGCUGAAGGCACGGAGUCAAAGUAUCAGGUUCAUGUACAAGAAAGCAGUGAAGAUGAAGACAGUGACCUCUCACCUGAAGAACAAGAAAAAAAGCGACAGUUUGAAAUGAAAAGGAAGCUUCACUACAAUGAAGGACUGAAUAUGAAAUUAGCUAGGCAAUUAAUUUCAAAAGACCUACAUGAAGAUGAUGAAGAUGAAGAAAUGUUAGAGAGUGCAACUGGGGAAAGUAUGCAUAUGGAAGAAUCAAAUCAAGGAUCUACUACAGGUGACCAACUGCAAAACAAAUCACAGAGUUCAUAGAAGAGAUUUGUUCAACACUCAUUGUUGCUACAGACCCUGUUGCUAUACUUUACUGCUCUUGUUCUCUACAAUUCAUGACUUAAGUACCAAAAUGCAUACCAAUGUUGCCAAGAAUUAAAUAACUUUAGAGACUAAUUAGACUUGAAAAUGCCUAAUUGAUAUAUAUAUAUAUUCUUGUGCCUAGUACUUCACCACAAAUACAGCAUAAUAUCAUCAGUCCAAAACUGCAUUACUUUUUUAAGAACACUGGUUAAUUUGUAUAAGAUAUUACAUAGCUUUUUAUGCUUUAGAGGUUAAAUAAUAUCUUGGGAAGGGGGAGGGGAUUUAAUUUAUUUUCUUCACUUCUAGAUGUGAUAGCUCGUAUAAAAUUUUUUUAAGUCAAAAUCCAAUUGGAACAACAGAUUAUAUAGGCUGAUAAAUAUUCAAUCUGAAAAGUAUUUUAACACAUUUCAACUUGAUUUUUCUCUUUAAAUAAAAAAGAUUACAAGAAUUACUAUUGCAUUUUCUGGCCUACUACCUUUAAAAUUCCUUUUGAGUUUGUUUAUGUUUUCAGGGAAAGGAUUAAACAUUUUCCUCACCAAAACUAGCUAGCUUUAUUCACAAAUAAAUUACCAGGUUAAACUUGCA